AGACAUUUGACAGCUGAUUGUCUUGCGAGCGAGUCUUGUUUCUUGUAGAGUUCUACAAAGAAAGUUAUUGCAAAACUUUACAUGCAAGUGUUUUAGUUUCUAAGCAGAAGGAAUAAUGGAAAAGCCGACAGUUACCGUGACUGACCAGCCUCCACCGUACUCUGCUGCGGUGCCAGGUAAGCCCCCUCCGCAGCCUGCGCCCGCCGGCGCGCCGUGCCCGCCGCCGCCGCCGCCGCCCGGCUACACGCCGUACGGCGCCGCGCCGCCCAACACCGCCUACUUGCCCAACUACGGCGCCACCACUGUCAUCAUUCCGCCACAGAUAAUCGCCGUGAACGCGUGCCCGGCUUGCCGCGUGGGCAUCCUGGAGGACGACUUCACGUGCCUCGGCAUCCUGUGCGCCAUCUUUUUCUUCCCCCUCGGGAUAUUGUGCUGUCUCGCUCUCAAGAACCGACGGUGCUCGAACUGCGGGGCUAUGUUCGGGUAAUCCUGUAGUAGACAAGAUGAUAAUCCUUUAUUGACGUCAAUCGAAAAGUCUAUAGGAAUGAUAACGA